UCUCUGAGGCAAGAAAAGCCUUCUGAAGAGUUACUUUAAAUUUAAACUCUCAUUCUAAUGUUAGGCAGCCUGUUGGAUCUCCGAGUUAAAAAUUGCUUCAGCUUUAGUUACUAGAGCCAGAUGUAACAUUGACCUUAAAUGGUAAAAGCUCCCAAGAGUGAAAGAGAGGCUGGCCCGAGGGGAAAGAGAAGAAUAACUGAAGUUUUAGGAAGCUCUUGCCUACAGCAUCCCAGCCAUCAGCCUGCUGAAUAUUUAUUAUCCUUUCUUCACCUGUGCUGCAAGGCACUGUGCUGACCAUGAGAAUUCCAGACCUUAAACUCUCCUGAUAGGUGCACAAGGCUCGUGCAUACUGAGAUUGUAGAUCUUCACCCACAUCCACUCUGCCUGUGACAUGCACCGCCGGGGAGUGCAGUGAUGUAUUGAUGAGGACACUGAUGUACUGAUGAGCACACUGAAGUGUUGAUGAGGACAGCUCCCUGACUCCUGGGCAGGUGUCACACCUGCAGAUCACGAGGCCUCCCAGCGCUUAUGCCUUCAGGCUAACUUGAAACAGAUACUGCCAGCAGUGCAUGGUCCUCUUAGUCCACCUUGCAGCUCCACGUGCUUCACGCUGCUCACCAUGCCAACCUUACCUGAAGACAAGGGACAAGCAAAAGAGGCCCAGCACAACAGUUCUCCUCCAGCCAAAGACACGGCUGUUGAAGGGACAACAUGCAGCACACCUUCCAUUGUUCUUCCAGAGAAUGCUGUUACACCAGAUGUAGAAAUUGAUAAAAAUCUGGUUAACAGGCCUCGGAGUCCUCAUAGGAGACAUUCUAACCGUGCCACCAGGAAUUCAACAAGUUCACUGACUUCUGUUGACAAUAGCGGUCAUGUGAUUGAUCUGGUGAAUGAUCCACUACCAGAUGUCAAAAUAUCAGAAGAAGACAAAAAGAAGAACCUUGAAUUGUUAGAAGAAGCAAAGAAAGCGAGUGAGAGGUUCCUAACACGCAGGGGAAGAAAGUCAAGAAGCAGCCUCUCAGAGUCACCCACAGGGUCUGAUGCAUGCACAGCCACUAGUAUUGAGUCAGUAUCUCCAGGGCAGAAUAACAGAAUUGUGAAAGAGGAUGACAGGCAAACUGCAGAGAAUGCUGCAAAAGGAUUAACUGAUCGAAGGCAGAAUGAUCAAAGAAAGAUUUCUCAGGGAAGGUUGGUUCCUCGUUCUGCUGGCUUUGAAAACUCCAAAGAGAAGCUCUCUGACCAAAAGGAAAACUUUGAUCCACGUAAACAUAUGGAUACUUUACCUAAAUUCUCCCCUUCAGCUGGUGAUGGUGGCAGAAUGUCUCUUAAUACUUGCAUGAAUGCUUGUGAAAAUGAACUUGGAAAAUCAUUCCUCAAGAAAGGGAAAGAAAAUGAUGUUCCUUUAAGAACCCAUUUACCAGGACCAGGAAUAGGAAAUAUGGACUCAAAGCUAAAAAUUCCUGUUCCAGAAAUGAGGGACCACAAAGUUCCAUGUAAACCAGAAUUUAAACUGUGCGGGCUGCGUCCCCCUCUAUUACGGGCUGUGUCCUGGGAUAGCUUGGAGCCUGGACAGAAAGAGAAAACCCCUUUAAAAUUACCAUGUGAGGAAGAGAAAAGCUUUGUUGGUAAUAAAUCCAGCAAUCAGUUAAAAGCAUUCAAAGACCUUCAAAUCCAAGUUCAGCCAGUUCGAAUGCAGAAGCUGACAAAGCUCAGAGAGGAGCAUAUUUUGAUGAGAAAUCAGAAUUUAGUUGGACUUAAACUUCCUGAACUUAGUGAAGCAGCAGAACAGGAAAAAGGCCCUUCACCUCUCCCUUCCCCCACUGAAGAGGGAGAGACAAAGAACAGCUCUGACGUCAUGCCCAGCAUUCCUGAUGUAUUGCUGCGAAAACUGCGAGUGCACAAAUCACUUCCAGGAAGCUCCCCACCACUCACUGAAAAAGAAGUUGAGAAUGUAUUUGUACAACUCUCCUUGGCCUUUAGAAAUGAUAGUUAUACAUUGGAAUCUAGAAUUCAGCAGGCAGAAAGAGAGAGAAAUCUUACAGAAGAGAAUGCUGAGAAGGAACUGGAAAACUUUAAAGCAGCCAUUACGUCUUCAGCUCACCUGUGGCACCACUACGAGCACAGGGAAGCCUACCAGAAGCUGCUGGAGGACAUUGCGGUGCUGCGGCGCUUGGCUGCCAGGCUCUCGAGCCGCGCCGAGAUGGUCGGAGCCGUUCGCCAGGAGAAGCGUAUGUCAAAGGCAACAGAAGUAAUGAUGCAGUAUGUGGAAAAUCUGAAAAGGACAUAUGAAAAGGAUCAUGCUGAACUAAUGGAGUUCAAGAAACUUGCCAAUCAGAAUUCUAGCAGAAGCUAUGGUGCAUCUGAAGAUGGGGUUCCUCGUUCAUCUAGAUCCAUGUCUCUCACUGUUGGAAAGAAUAUGCCUCGGAGGAGAGUCAGUGUUGCAGUUGUUCCUAAAUUUAACUCCUUGAACAUUCCUGGUCAGUCACCAACAGCUUCACCUAUACCUUCAAUGCCAUCCCUGUCUGAAUCACCCAGUAAUGGAAGAAGCAACCUAACAUCUACUCCUGCUCUGCCAGCUCUUCUAGAAAAUGGGAAGUCAAAUGGAGAGCCUGACUGUGAAACCUCAACUUCUGUGCUGUCACAGAGUGGGUUGGAAGAGAUCAGUCCUGAAACUAAAGCCAAGAUAGAAGAGGAAGCCUAUAACAAGGGAUAUCAGGAAGCCUUGAAGAAAACCAAAGAACUUCAGCAACUGAAGGAAGAAGAUGAAGAGACACCCAAAGAAAGUCACGAUGAACAUGAAGAAAGUGAAAAUGAAGAUGAGAUAAAAAAUCUGAAAAGCAGCAGACUUGAAGUCAUCGUGAAUUAUUUAUAUAUCCUGUACCCCAAACUGUGCAAACACUGGAAUGUGGUGUGGCUUGUAGUGGCUGCAAUAGUCAUUUUUGCUGUGGUGUUGGGAAUCUACCAUUCCUACAACUCCUGUGAUGAAAAGUCAGAGGCACCUGAAGGGAAGGCCAGCUGUUCUGCAGCCCAUCAGUAUUCCUGGUGGAACUCAGGGUUCCGACAGGAGCAACGAACGGAAUAACAGAGGAACCACCACGCCCUCGUGGUCCCUGAGCAAGUUUGUGUAAUAGAGCACCGUUGUUAAAGGUAGUGCUUAGUCAUCCCUGUGGCUGUUCCACGUGAUCCCUUAAGCGAGUUACUCCACACCACCAGGUUUGGGAUACAUGGUGAGCAUUCCUUGCCAAGAUGCCAAUCUAAUAAAUAAUCCUGUCUGUCCUCUUAUUGUAAAGGACUCAUACAAAUAAAGCAAUAUUGAAUCAUGGUAAGGUUGUGGCAGUAAUCAGCAACCUGCAAGACAUUUAAAAGAAUGAUUUGCACAGGACAUUGACAUUUUGAAGACCAUCAGAAAACCCACAUUUGCAGUUAGUGCUUUACUUUGCAUUUCCUGAAUUUAUUGUUGAUUGUUGAAGUACUAAUUGCAUUUAAGUCCUUUGGGUUUGAAGAGGCUAAUUAAUUUCCUUAUUCAUGACUAUUGGGUAGAAAUAGAAACACUUCCAUAGAAGAAUAUAAUUAUAUUCUAAGACCAAAUGCCUUGCUGCUAAAGUAAUUUUAUAAGAGGAAUUAUCUGUAUGAUUAUUUAAAUGGAAUGCUAAGUACAUGCAUAAAUGUGUUUUAUGAUAUACUUUAAGAAUGGGAUCACCACUUUUUAAAAAAUGGGAUACUCAGCAGAACCUAAAAUGGGGUCUAGGUGGCACAGCUGGUAUAAUCCAAUAAGCCUGGGAACUUCUGAUAUAUAAAAGUUUCCAAAAAUUUAUGUGUGCCACUCAGAGAGACAUGGGAAGCAAUCUUCCAUUCUUUAUUGAAAAAGAAAACAAAAGCUAUUCAAACCUCUGUAUAGAGGUGACCACACCAAGUGGACUCUGCCCUCCUGCUCACACUGCAAAUAGGCAUUCUUUGAGAUCUGCAGCAGGAAGAGAGUUCUGAGAGCAGCCAGACCCCAACCAGUGCCUACAUGAAUCAGGCCAUGGUAGCAGUGAGGGCUUAGGAGAGCUGACUGUGUGUUUUCAGUAAUUCAUUUUCAGAAUCUGAUGCCAAGACCAAAACUGAUCUGAUACACUUCCAAAGCUGAACUACCACAUCAGGAUAGAAUAAUCUGUUGCCCAGAUUUUCUGCCAGUUCUGCCUAUUUGGGAGUUGUGAUUCUUACACAAGAAUGUGAAAGCUGAAAUUUUUGGACAAGCAAUUUGAAAAUGGUGAAGCCAUUACCUGUACAACACCCAGCACCUAGGGCUGAGACCAAAAUGUGUGUCACUGGAGGUGUGCCAUUUUUACCUGCUGAGCAUCACUUCUGGGUGAAGGUGAACCAUGUUUGUCUUUCCAUAGCUACAGCCACAACAGCAAAUCCAGUGUGACACUCAAUUGCACUCCUAUCCUGCAUUCUCCUGGCAUUUCCUGAUUGAGAAAUGGGUUCUGUUUUCCAACAGAAGGAUAAGAGUGUUAUGAAGUACUGUAAUUUCAGUUCUGAUGUAGUUAAUAUUGUCCUGUCUUCUAUUGGUGGAAACACUGAACCUUAAGCUAACUGUCAAAGAAAAGGUUUCUAACUCAAUCAGAAAUGUAGUUCACAUACUAGUAACAAAUAUCCUGCUGGUGAAUUUUUGUUGGACAUGUGUUUCUUAGGAGACAUUUAUCUAGGGAAAGAAAAAAAAAAAAUAUAUAAAAGCACUACCACCUUUUUUGGGGGGGCAGUGGCUGGGGAAGGGAGUCUAUGAGCAAUUAGGAGGGGUUUUAUUAUUUUAAAGGAUAUAUAUAUCAAGGAAUAGUGUGCUUAAGGAAGUUUAAAAAGGAUAAUGGGGAAGUGUGAUUUGGUCUAAAAUUGCAAUUGGUAAAGAAUAAGACAGGAGAAGGUUUCUUGCAAAUUACUUGGAAUCUGGUUCAGUUAGAAUUUCUGACUGUGAAGAACUACUGUGACCUUUCAUGUACUUUCAGUAUUUGAAGAAACUUGUUAGUUGUUUCUUGAAUACUUCUUUAUUAAAAUCAGCUUCUUUAACUUAAUAUCCUUUACAAAUAACAUUGAUAACUUCGUAAGACAAUAAAGACUGAAGGUAAAUAGUCCUAAAUGGUCAGAUUUCUCUAUGCCAAAAAUUAUGGCACAUAUUUAUGUAAUCGUGGAAAUGUUGGGCUGCACCGAAGAAAAAUAAUUAACAAUGCCUGUAACUGAAUUAAUUUCUUUUUAUUUACACCUGCACUGUUGUAAGUCCAACAACCUAAGUACACAUAGAAAUUUAUUGAUAUCAACAGGACUCUUUAAUUGCUUAGUGUUAAGCAUGUGAAGAGGUCUUUUUGGUCAGUGAGUGAAUGAGGUCUCCAUCCUUUCUUAAAAUUCAGCACACUGGCUUUUUGCGGAAUUAGUGCAAAGGGACAAUUCCCAUAAGAAGCUGUACUCGUUUGAACUGAACUACUUGCAUGUCUGAGGCAAGUAUAAUUCAGCCACAAAUGAGCUGAAAGAUGCAAGAGAUUUUAAUGGUGGUGCAAAAAUAAAGUUUACUAAAAAGAAAAAAUGUUCUUUGUAUAACUACUUUGAGCAAACUGUCCGCUAAAAAUAACAAACCACAAUGACUAACAGCACACUAAAUAGCUAUGCUUAUAUUUUUCAAUGAUUUAAUUAAAACACCUUUUGUUUAAUAGGAAACUAGAUUAAGCUCAAAAACUACUCUAAAUAUAAUUUUAUCUGUUGGAUAUUAGUUUGCUUUAUCUGGAAAAAAAAGCCAAACAACCUCUUCUGUGUUCAAAGAUCACAUCAGAUAACAAGAAACAGACCUAUUAUUUAUGCUAUUAACACUGAAAUAGUUUUCUCGAGGUGCAAUAUUUAUUUUUCUGCUUUAACAAGACACAUUUAUGGUUUCUCCUGCACAGCAAAAAGAACUUCAAGAGGGCACUAUUUUUGUGUAUCAUAUUUAAAUUUGUAAUAUUGUAAGAUUUUGCACAAGUGUGCUGGUAUUGUACUGUAUAGUAUCACAUACUUGAGUUUUGAAAUAAAAUUAUGAUUUCAAAGUCCUCAGUGUUUUUACCUUCAAGAUUUGGGAUGCUCUGUCUGCAUAGUGAUGGCCGUGUCCUCAUGAAAUAAGUCCUACCUUGUCUACACUGUUACACAUUCCAAGGAUCUUGCUCUUAGUCUUCCAGU